CUCAACUUCUGUCCAGCUGAUCACCUAAAUUGAAACCGCAUCCACCUUAAAUUUGAUUUAAUGUUCUAUCCUCCCGCUAAUUUUUUUUUUUCCAAACAAACAUUUGUUUGUACAUCAACCAGAAAGAAGAAAUGGGCGUCAGCCAUCUACACAAUCCAUCCAUCCACUCCACCCCACUUCACAUUACUACCGUUUCAAUUGCACCAAAGCUCUGCUCAGUAAAAAGAAAAGCACAAGGAAAAGGAAAAGAAGCAUGUUCCAAAGGAGAGAGUUUCGGUGUUGGAUUUUCUUCAACACUAUGAGCUGUAACUGUUGUCUUCAUUCAUCAGAGCCUUUCUGGUUUUUUUCCUCAUCUGGGUCGGUGUUUUCAAGCAUUUAUUUUGCUCUGAGCAGUGCCAGAGGUUUUCAGGGUGAGUUUCUGUUUGACUGUUUGGAAAGAGAGAAAGCGAGAGUUGAGUGAAAAUGACAUUGGAUCGGAGGCAGGUGAUUACCGCUAUUCUGACUCUGUCAAUGUUUGCCAUGCUUGGAAACAUGAUCAAGAAAAGACCACUUUGAUACGUUUCAAGAAUAAACUAACUUGGUCUACCAUUUUACUUUGAAGAUGAAAUUUCCUGCAACAUCAAAUAUUACAUAUGAUGCUAUCAUGGUUACUAAGAAAAGUGAGAUUAACCUUCUGCACUUCAGUGGGCCAUGGGAGAACAACACCGAAGCUCUAAAGCCUUUCUGGAACAAGCCAGCACUGACUAAGUUCUCAUUUGUUCCAAAUCCCUUGCGGGACCUAAAGAAGAUUUCCAGUCUUAUCAAUGACCUUAAUGAUUUUUAUUACUCUUCAUUGUUUAGCCUUCUCUUUAGCCCUUUCUUACUCAUUUCAAUAUAUAGAAGAGAGAGAGAGUCAUCAAAAGGAUUUGUUACAUUCCCAUUGACUGAUGGCCCUGAAUAUCACGUCUCACAGCAAGCAGAGAGAAGAAACAGGCGUCAACCAUCUAUGGUAUCCAUCCACUACCUUUCACAUGUUGCAGAUGAACCAAAGCUCUUCUCAGUAAAUAGAAAAGGAGAAAGGAAAGGAGCAUAUGCCAAAAGUGAGAGUUUCGGUGCUGGAUUUUCUUCACUAUGAGCUGUAACUGUUGUCUUCAUCUCAUUGAAGCAUUUUUGUAUUUUUCCUCAUCCGGGUCGGUCUUUCAAGCAUUUAUUGUGCUCUCAGCAGUGCUAGAGGUUUUCAGAGUGUCUCUUGUGUGAGUAUUGGGAACGAGAGAAAGAGUGAAUUUAGAGAAGGAGAAAGAGAAAAUGGCAAUGGAUGCGAGGCAGGUGAUUGCAGCUAUUCUGACUCUGUCAAUGUUUGCCAUGCUUGGAAACAUGAUCAAGAAAGAUCAUUUUGAUACGUUUCAAAUGAAAUUUCCAGCAACGUCACAUGUUCAAUAUGAUACCAUAAAAAUUGCUGAAAAAAAUAUCAUUGACCUUCCAACCAUCCGCAGAGGGCCAUGGAAAAAUGAUAGUGAGGCACUGAAACCUUGCUGGAACAAGCCAGCACUCGAAGAGAGAGAGCAGUCAACAGGUUUCAUUACAUUUUCAUUCUCAAAUGGCCCUGAGUAUCAUGUAUCACAGCUUGCUAAUGCCGUGGUAAUAGCGAGAUAUCUAGGAGCAACUCUUGUGCUUCCUGACAUCAGGAAAAGUGAAAGAGGGCAAAAGAGGAAGUUUGAAGAAAUUUACGAUGCAAAGAAAUGUGUGAAAAACCUGGGUAGUGUGGUUAGAGUAGCUCUGGCUCAGCCUUCUGAAGCAUCAACAGGAAAGCUCACGGUUGUUCGGGUCCCAAACAGGGUUUCUGAAGAAUAUAUUGCUGCAAAGAUUGAACCAGUAUUUAGAACAAAAGGAAACUUAAGUCUUUCAACUUACUUCCCAUCCUUGGAUAUGAGGAGAGCUGAAGAGACUAAAUAUUUGGAUUCAUUUGCAUGCUUGGCCAUGUUUGGGACUCUACAGUUGCAACCGGAGCUGCAGGAAGUGGUUGACUCUAUGGUUGGAAGGCUAAGAAACUCGAGUUGGAAGUCCAAUGGCCAGUUUGUUGCAGUGGACUUGAGGUUUAAAGUGUUGGAACGAAAGUGCCGGAGAAGAGAGGCUAAAGGAAAGAAAAAUUGUUAUAAUGCGGAGGAGAUUGGGGUUUUCCUAAAGAAGAUCGGUUUUGACAGAGACACUGCAAUCUAUGUGACUCAGUCUAAAUGGCAUCACAGUCUUGAUGCACUGAGAGAGAUCUUCCCAAAAACAUUUACAAAGGAAGGUAUCAUGCCAGCAGAAAAAAAGGCCAAGUUCCUCAGUUCAGAGAGUUCUGAAUUUGAAAAGGCUAUUGAUUUCUACAUAUGUUCUGAAAGCGAUGUCUUUGUACCUUCCAUUUCCGGACUGUUCUACGCCAAUGUGGUCGGGAAAAGAAUUGCUUCCGGCAAGAGCCAGAUACUUGUUCCAGCACAAGUAACAGUUUCUUCUACUCCAGUCUCUAGUUACAUUUCUCGUUAUAUAUCUAAAAGAAACCAUUUUGCAUAUUCAUGUUUUUGUUGAGUUUAGACAAAGUAAAUCCUGAAUGAAGUUGUGAACAAGCCCCUGAAAAGUAGUAUAUCUUUUGCUUAGUUUACAUGUCUCAAAUUAAAAAUAUUACGCAAUUGCCAAAAUGUUAAAUUUGAUCAGUAACUCAUAGAGAGUAGCUGCAUGAGUGCAAUGUAAACCUGUGUAAGUUAUAAUUGUCUUUCUAUAAGUGUAGACAUUUGUGAUGUUCCAAUACUUAGUUUUCUCUUUUAGAAUUUCUUCGUGGUGUUAUUGCUACUGCUGACAUGAUUGACUAUUAACUAGUGCUUAUGACAACAUCGAUGUUAGUGGUGCAAACUGUUAAGCCCAGUUUUGGAGAGCUUCUUAAACACUAAUAGCAGUGUUUGAAGGUCAAAUGAAACCUUUAGGAGUGUGUGGAUAGAACUCUCAACCACGUGUACACUUUUAAUGUGAUUUAUCCACGUUUUAAAGAAGCAGGAGGCCCAUGCUUUUCCUCAAAUGUGACGAAGUGGAUUUUUAUUUUAUUAUUAUUAUUUUUUUUAAAUGUCAAAAUUAUCUUUUCAUUUAAUUGUAAAACAUAAAUGAGCUAAGGUGGUCUAAAGGCCUUCCUUGGAUAUUCAACGCCUUCAUCAAAUGUCAAGAAAACAAUUUCAUAAACUAGGACUAAAAGAUUCCCUUUCCUAUAUAUGAUACAUGCCACAAUCUUACACAGUUUAUUUUGUGAUUUUAUUCAACAUUAUGUGAUCAUAUCUUAGGAUUAUAAAAUCGAUUUAGACAAGCUUAAGAUCUUGAAAUCUACUUUCCAAAUUAGUGGGUCAAACAUAACAUUGGAGGGAUGAUUCAUUAGAGGGUGCGAAGCAAAGUUAUUUCUAGGGUGGGUGUUCCCUAUUUAAGACAUCAAAAUUGCCUUCCUUCUCUCUUUUUGUGGACUUCAAUCUUAACAUUUAGCAUUAGAAUCUCACCAAACAAAUGGAAGAAUAGGGAAUAAGAACUUUCCUUUUGUUGAAUUAAAUUUACUAAAUGUGUGAGGAAGAAAUAACAUUCCAAUUAUAAGGUAUGGGGGUGUUAAUGGAAGCUAUGUUCCAUCAAAAUAAUAACUUUGAAAGAUCCAUUUUGGAUGAACUUUGCCAAAUUAAAGAGAAACCUAAAAGCCAUGCUAGGGAUGCCAAGGAGGUGGGUUUGGGAUGGGUCUUCUUAUCUCCUACUCUAUUCUGCUAAGAAAUUCUUAAUCCUGUCCUUGUUCCAUACCCAAGGUGGGAUGAGAGUUGUAUUUCCAAACCUGACAUAGGAGAGGAGAAAAAACCCCAACUCUAACCCACUACCUUAUUAAAAGCUAUAGAGAUAGAAAAAGUUUGUUGAGCAACCAAAAAAAAGAAAGGGAAAAUGGAAAAAAUAAAAGAAAAAAAUAUUUGGAUACCUAUCUAUCUA